GUGGAUUCCGGAAAUUAACAAACUCGUGAUGUCAGGAGGAGUGGGAGAGAAACAGACAGCAGAAGAGAAAUAUACGGGUUUUUCGCACGAUUUGUGGACUAUAAAGUUAUGAUACCGUCUUAUUAUGGAGUUAACGCGUGAAACGAGCACUGGACAUGUUUCGGGGAGACUGCGGAUGAUCGCUGGUCUAAACUGAAAGUGAUUACACGAGCGGUUGGGUUCUUCCUAUUCAAACCGACGCUUCUGCAAACAUGACGCGACUCGCGUUGGAACAAGUGACCGAUUUCGGCGAUUUCACCAAAGGAAAGGAUCUGAAGGAGUUUUUAAAACAAGCAUACUCCAACAUAUCUUCUCAAAACUGCCUGUCCGAUGUGCGUCUGAGUCCAGAUGGACGUCACAUUCAUGUCAUUGUGCGCCAGCCCAAAAGUGGUCUUAUGACAUACGACAAAUAUCAGCGAGCCCAUCUCCUGCAAUGCCAGAAGCACAUUGAUUUAGUGCUAACUCGAAAUGUGCCUAUUGUGGAUGUCCUUUAUGUCCCUCAAAGCAGCAAACCAGAAGAUGGAGCCUCAGUGCUGGGGGUCAUUUUUGAGAAUGGAAAAGUGGAAUUCUGGAAAUUCCUGGAAUGUGGAUCGGGCUGGCGAUUGCUCCAGACUGUGGAUCUGUGUAACAGCCCUCGUGCUAAAGUAGUGUCUGUGAGCAUGUGUCAGAAUUUCAUCAUAUGGUGUGAGGAGCGACCGCCAUCAGAGAACUCCAGUGCUGUGUGCAGCAACUUCAGGUUCUGCAUCUGCAAGAAGACUGUAGAAGUUAAUAACGAAGGGGGUGUCAGUUUGGGAAAUGUGAAAAUUGCAUUGCAUAAUAAUCCUCAGUAUAUGACCGUCAGUUCCGGAGAUUUGGUUUAUCUGCUCCCAGACACGCAGGUGAAAUCUUUGAUGGGUGUUUCCAAGGUUUUUCUUGCAUGGUCACCUGAACACGACACAUUUAAUGUGCACAGUGCCAGUAGCUGCACGCUUAUGAAAAGCUCAAGCAAAGAAUCAGACUUCAAGAGACUUGUUUCAGACUGCAUUGGCCUUAUAUCCACCAUAAAUCCUCCUGAUAUCCGAGGAUUCUCUCCGACUGGAUGUGGAGACCUCCUCCUCCUCCUCAGUACUGGCUGGGUAUGUGUUAUGAAGAAAGAUGGCAGUCUUUGCAACAUAUACAAACUUCCUGAUAACUGCCUAAGUGCUAGUGGAACUCAAACCAGCCUUAAUAUUUACAAUGACACCCUGGCGCUAACAAUAGGCAGGACCCUUUUUUUAAUUGACACUAAAUGUGGCCUGGAAUUAGAACGGAUAAGCCUAAAAACGGAGGGUCUUCUCUUUGUAAACUCGCAUGACAGUCACUCUCCACAAAUGCUGUCAGAAAGCGGGCUGUUUGUGGUGACACAAAAACCGAAGCCUGCUCUGACACCUUUUGAAGACUCGAGCGCACUCUUAGUCGAGGCUGUCUUCGAGGAGGCAUGUAAAUAUUAUCAGCAAAGAAGUCUAAGUAGCACGCAGCUCACGGUGGAGAAGCUAAAAAAAGGUGGGAUGUUUCAAGCGCCCAUAUCACUAGCUGCCAUCCUCAAGGAUUACCUCAGCAACCAGAAAACUAAACCUGGGGAGAAACAUUCCUCAGGUCAAGAAAGGCUCAUGAGCUCGCUCGAAUCAGAGCUUAGGAGUCUGGUUUUGCUGGAGGACAUCAAAACAUCAAUGGUGAAGGCUUCGGAGAAAGACCUGGAGAACUAUUGUGAAAGCCUGGUGCAGCAGGAGAUCUGCCGUCUGCUUGGUGGAGAGCUUGAGAAGGAGAACCUUCAGUACCUGAAUGGCAUCUUUCAGCAGUUUCCCACUUACUCCUGGCAUGGCAUUCAGUCAGUCUUGCAUCUGAGGUGCAAUGGUGAAGGUUCGCUGUCAUCUAAAGCUCCGGCUGAGUUGUGGAAAAUCAUCCUUAGUCCUGUGCAGCCCACAGCCAACUUUGCUCACUGUAACGGUCAGCAGAAACACACUGCAGUCAACCUGCCUGUUUUUGAGCUCUUGUGCCACUCCAUCUUCAAAUUCCAGCCUAGCUGGCUCCCAAGGUUUCUGGAACUGGCACAACAGCAGGCUGGCAUGUCCUCCUCAUCCUCAUGGACUUUCGGAGUGAAGGAGAGCUCUGAAAGCGUGCCGCUCUAUAAAAGAGCCCUGACGGUGCUCCCUUGUAAAGGCACCUACCAACACCUGGAGGUGGAGCUGCUUUUGUGCAGCGAGAGGCCUAACGCGAUAAUGCAAGCCCUGCGGAUUCUCAUUGAGCAAGGCCAGUGGGAGCGUGUGACACAAGUCGCAGAGAGGUUCUGCCGGCAGAGCCCACUUCUAAACAAAGAAAUCUUCAGCACACUUCUCUGUGAAGUGUCCCAACAUAGAGACCUUGACCCUUAUUUGGACCUUCUGUGGACUCUUUGUCCUGAGGACAUGACCGUGACGAGUAUACUUAACACUGUACUCAAAAACAUCCCAGGUUCGACACGGAACUCAGGACCAUUCGAGGCUCAGGGAAGUCAGGUCACCAUUGGACUUUUGAAACCACUACUCCAGAAGGUUCUCCAAAGGGAGUCCAAACCAAACCAGAGGUACGCAGAUAUCCUUCAGUCACCCACAAUUCCUCCGCUCACUCCUCCUCGCCAGCCAAAGGGACUGUUCAGAAACACUGAUCUGAAUACUGAGCUCCAGGAAGACAAGCAGAAGACUUCCUCUGGAUCUCAAGUGACAUCUCGAACAGGCCUGGUCUGACUUUCACACUCAUAAAUCACAUCCAUAUACUCUUAUUAAAAUGGGUAUUCAAGAGAGAGUUACCUCCAAAGUUUAGAUUAUGUCAUCAUGUGCUUACACUUAUGUUGUUUCAAUUCCAAAGUGUGUGUGUGUGUGUGUGUGUGUGUGUGUGUGUGUGUGUGUGUGUGUGUGUGUGUGUGUGUGUGUA